CGCCCUUUACGUCCGGAACUCGGGGACUAGGCGUUUCCGGCCAUUCAUACUCUCGGUUGGUAGGUUCUCAUUGUUAGGAUUUUGUGCGCUAUCGGACCGAAAGGCUGACGGCGCCGCUAGGAUGAAGCUCGUGAGAUUUCUGAUGAAAUUGAGUCAUGAAACUGUAACCAUUGAAUUGAAGAAUGGAACACAGGUCCAUGGAACAAUCACAGGUGUAGAUGUUAGCAUGAAUACACAUCUUAAAGCUGUGAAAAUGACCCUGAAGAACAGAGAACCUGUACAGCUGGAAACACUGAGUAUUCGAGGAAAUAACAUUCGAUAUUUUAUUCUACCAGACAGCUUACCUCUGGAUACACUACUUGUGGAUGUUGAACCUAAGGUGAAAUCCAAGAAAAGGGAAGCCGUUGCAGGAAGAGGCCGAGGCCGAGGUAGAGGAAGAGGACGUGGCCGUGGCCGAGGAAGAGGGGGUCCUAGGCGAUAAUGUCUCUCAAGAUUACUGUUUCAGAGUGAUAAUUGAUGUGGGGUAAUUUUUGUACAGGUUUUGUUUGUUUAUGUCAGUUUUUAAUAAACAUAAAUGUGGAA